AAGUUCAAGAAUCAUUCCAUCGACUGGCUUGAAUUUGUAUAGCAACAAAGCAGCGUCAAGAUGGCGGACGCGAUACUCAUCCCAGCACUGAAGGGUAAACCAAAAGCCCUAAACUUGUGCAAUAAGAAACUAGACAGAGUCCCAAAAAUCAUCGGUAAACUAGACUGUAUUUUACAUCUACAGCUCCGUGGGAACAAAUUAAAAACGUUACCAAUUGAACUGAGUCAUUUGUUUCAGUUACAGAUCCUAAAUUUAGGAAACAAUGAAUUUGAGGAAUUACCCGAGGCCUUAGAAUACCUAACAAUGCUGGAAAAACUCCAUCUGUUUAAUAACAAACUCAAGAUGCUGUCUCCAAAAGUGCUAACAAACCUCAGGAAUCUAACAUUCCUAAAUUUAAAUUCAAACAACCUGAAAACUUUUCCAGCUGAAAUAUGUAGGUUGUCCAGUCUCCAGCACCUCUCUGUGGAUUAUAACCAGCUAACGGAGCUCCCUGUAGAGAUGUGUGCCUUACUCCGCCUGGAGGAGUUCCACGCCGCCAAUAAUCAGCUGACUAGUCUUCCUCUAGAGUUUGGGUUCCUGGUUAACCUAGAGAAACUUCACCUACAGAAAAACAAAAUUAGAGAACUUCCAGAGAGUCUUGGAAAAUGUUAUAAACUGAGGACUCUAGACAUUGCUGCCAAUGAGCUCAGGAUAUUUCCAACAGAGUUAAGUGCUCUCCCUUUGAAAGAGAUGUACUGUAUACAUAUGAACAUACAGGAGGAGGAAGUUCUGUCACUAAAGGUAGGACUAAAUCAAAUAUAUAGAGAUCCUACAACAAAUCCCUCUGGAGGAAAAGACAGAUGGUCAUACCUGCGUCGUGCGAUACGUCAUUACCCCCAGAUUAAAGAGAUGCUGGCUCAGGCCAGUAAAUGUGCAGUGUGUGGAGAGUCCUUCCUCAACACCUGGCUCGAAUGUGUCUGUUUUGUGGAUGCCAAAGAGGACUUGAAGCUAAACAACUUGUCUGGCCUGAUUCCAGUGCGUGCAUUACUCUGCUCCUAUCGAUGCUUCAACUCUUCUGGACACGAUUACUAUGGUGUAGCGUUUCCGUGAUAAAUAAUGCUCUUCUAAGGGAGAUAAUUCCUUCUGUCACAUUUAACGACAUCCUGAAUAUUUGAUAAUUCACAACCUUCACAUUCCACAUUCACAGUGGAUCCUCAUGCAUUUAAUGUUACAUCAUACACUGAUGGAAUCUGAUACAUGUCAAAAAGGUUUUGUGAAAGACAAUAUUUGUCCUCCACACCCUAAGAUAUCUGAUAUCUGAGAUUUAGUGCGAGAUAUUCUUUUACAAAAUUUAGAAAACAUCAUGACCAUGGAUAAUAAAAGCAUGAAUAGAUAAGCAUUUUUUUAACAAUAUUACUAUUAAUAUGUCUUGAAAGUUGUUAUUGUUAUGUAUUGAAGAUUAUUCCUUUUUGGAGGUUUGUUAUAGAUUCAAUAUUUUGUAAUAUUACAAAGUUUUUAAUUUUGUUAUAUCAUUUUGUACAUGUAUACAAGAUGUCAUUUUGUUUUUGAAAUGAAAGUCUAUUUUUGUUUUUUACAUUUUAUGAAAUAAUAUAUUUUAUCAUCAUGAUUUAUAUUUUAUCAUCAAUUGUAAUUUUUAUUUAUGUACAAACUUAUCUAUCAAUAUGACAAAAUAAAAUUUACAAUAUUUUCCCUCAUUUUUGUUAAAAUUGACAGCCACA